AUGGUUGCCCAGACACCGAUGAUCCUGCUCCUUGUCUGCGCUCUCGUUUGCCAAGGAGCCGCAGCCAGUGCGAAGCCGCUGGAUGUCUGGUACCUGGGCAGCCUGGACUCCGGCUUGCACGGCAUCAGAGGGAAGGUCUACGCGGCCUCUGGAGACACGCUGGUGCUCAGGGGCUUCAGCUACGACGGUCGAGCGCCAGGAGCCCGCUUCAUCAUCGGCAGAGGAAACUCACCCGACGGGAACGGCAUCGUCGUGAAAGAUGACGCUGGCAGCUUCGAGGCACUCAAGGCGUACCGUAACCAGACGCUGGUGCUCAAGCUGACGGCUGGUAACAAGAUAACCGACUUCAACUGGUUCAGCGUGUACGACAGAAAAGCAAAGAGGAGCUUUGCUCACGUUGAAAUUCCGGCCAACCUACAUCUGCCGAGGGCGAGGACGGUGGCAACGCACAUGAUUGGCGACCACGCCAACGCGACCGCCAUCGUCAUCGAGGACAAGAACACGUUGCUGCUGAAGAACUUCUACUUCGACGGCUCGGUACCAGGCACGCACUUCCUAGUUGGAAAGGGUAACGAGCCAGGACUCUCGAAAGGGAUAAUCCUGCAUGAAAAAGGAAGUAACAGCGCAUUAGGAAUGUACGCCGGCGCGAACCUGCGUCUCACGCUUCCCAAGAACAUGACCGUGGACGACAUCGACUGGUUCGCGGUCUCCUGCGCCAACUGCACCAGGCCUCUGGUGCACGGCGCCAUACCGAAACACAUCAACGUGCCCGUCAACGCAAGGUUGAUCAAGAGGAAGUCACGACUGGGUCUGCUGAGGAUUCGGGCCCAGCCUGCCAACCCGGGCGACUUCAAGAACUGCGAGACUGUCUACAAAGACGUGAUACAAGUGGGAUGGCACCUGGACGCAGACACCAUCACUUUCAACGUGCGCGCAGUGGCCGCUCUCAACAUGUGGACCGCAUUCGGCCUCAGUGGCGCUGACGACAAAAGCAUGAUGGAGGGCGCUGACGUCGCCGUGAUCUCCGUCAUUCCUCCGAACAACAAGGUCACCGUGGAAGACUAUUACUUGACGGAGAAGACUCAGUGCUCCGGCAAGGACGGCGUUUGUCCGGACACUGUGCAGUCCGGCACCAACGACCUGACGGUCAAGUCGGCCACCUUCGCCAACGGUAUCGUCGACGUGGUGUACUCUCGCAAACUGGACACAGGGGACGCCAAAGACAAGGUCAUAAAGGCUCAGGGACAGACGGCCGUGGUUGCGGCGCAAGGUCCGCUCAACGAGGCUCAAACGGAUACCGUGCUCUACCACACCGCGGUAGUGACCAGAAAUUACGUCACCCUGGAAUUUGCGAGGACCACCCCGGCACUCAACUGUCCGCCGCUGCCGACAGCGCCGCAGCCGCCUAUUCCCGGCGGUGGAAGCACAUCGAAGUUAUUCGGAGGACACGACAUGAUUGGAGUCACCAACUUCACCGCCUCCAUUGGACCCACAGGGGGCGAGAAGUUUGGUUAUCAGGCAAUCACAGGCAUGCCCGGGUGGGGCAUCUCGUGGUGGAUAAACGGUGAGCUCAUCCCUGUGCUGCACGUCGAACGGGGGAAGACGUACACAUUCAACGUGCAAGGCGGGGACAACGUUAACAUUAGCGCCAAGUACCAUCCUUUCUACAUCACCGACAGCAACAAAGGCGGCGGCUCGAAGGUGCUACCACCGGAUGCGAUCGGCAAACCGGGCAAUUUGCUGUAUGCUGGAGUAGUCAUCGACCCUGCCGUGAACGCCAUCGACCCCAGCAAAGACACGACGUUUGUGUCGCUGGAUUUAGAUUGGAAAGUUGAACGCUAUGGUAAAUUUGGUCAGGGAGUCUGA